AAUGACUCAAUAAUACGACACUUGCUCCAAAGCUGACAUGGCUUCAAUGUUUCUACUUGCAGUCAUCUCAGUAAGUGUAUUCCUUCAGAGUCAAGGUCAAAAGAUCCAUGAAGCAAAACUUUACAUUCAUAAUACAGAGGUACUCGAAGGUGGUAAACUGGAGCUUACAUGCAGCACAUUUGGUUAUUCAGUAAAGUCAGUUUAUUUAUAUCUGUGUAAAAAUGGUAAAGCUAUAGAUUCAAAAAAACAACGCAAUCAAGAAGACAUCAACUUUAGAAUAGAAGGAAUACAAAUGGAGCAUUCAGGCAACUACAGCUGUGUGUUCUCAGAAGAGAAGUUGGAAACAACCAAUGUAAAGGGAUAUGGUGAUAAUUACAUCUUCAUAAAUGUGAUCGAAUCGUUGAUUCGGGCACAGAUACGUUUGCUUGAGUCUGAGGUAACAGAGGGAAGUGAUGUUAACUUUAUGUGUACAUCAUCACACACUUUAAACACAAACCAGUCCAAGAAUCUGAAUUUGGCAUAUCUCAUCAAAGACGGAAAGGCUGUUGAAGUCAGUAUUUGGGACAAACAGAAGAUGAAGACAACAUUCACCCUCAGAAAGGUCCAGAUGGAGGAUGCUGGAACAUACAGCUGUGUUUUGUUGUUAAGUAUUCUUCCUCAUCCUGGAAUGAGACUCUAUGGAAGUAAUGAAGCCAAUCUUCAGAUAACUGUGGCGUCUAACAGCAGCUCUGAGGAAGUGAAAAUUGUGCUUGUGUGUUCUGGCAUAGUGUUGCUCCUCUGUCUGUCUCUGGGUAUUUUGGCAAUGAUCCGAAAGAGAGUAAUAGAAUGCCCUGGAUUCAAUAGUGAAAGAUCUUUGGAAAAUGACAUGGAGAUCAGAGAAACAGAAAUGAUAUAUGAAGAUACAGGUGAAAUACAGAAUGUGGUCUGCAACGAGCAAGAAUGGGAUGAGUUCUCUGACAGCGAGGAAGAUCCGAAUAAAAAUGAGGUGCUGCCAAUUUACGACUACAUGAGAGACACUUACGACAACAUUUCCACCAUGUAACUAUUUGAAGAUAUUCUACAUAAUGACAAGCAAGUGAAAUGUUACAAUUGGCCCAGAUCGCUUGGUCAGUGGUAACAUGGUAUGGGGUCAGUUGUAACAUCUAGUUUCAUUAAGCCUGUUUCAGAAUGAUGCAUGUUUUCUUUUUUACAUUAGCUUUAUCAGGCAGUAAAGGACUUUUUGUUAUUUAUUUUUAUAUUAUUAUUAUUACUACCAGAAGAACCAAGUUUCCCUUUCAAAUAGCAUUUUAUGUGCUGUUUGAAUUGCAAAAUUACACUCAGACAUCAAGGUCUGAUUGUCAGGUGAUGUAUGACAAACAAACAUAGACUAUCUUGACCCAGACAUAUCUUGUGAAUAAUUCUGGACAUUAUUUUAACAGAAACACACAUCACUAUAUUGUAAUUUGUCUCAUUUAAAUGCUUGGGUUGACACAACAGAUAAACAAGAUUUAAAACACAAAACAAAAACAGCUGACAACAGGAGUGAAUUGUAUUUUUUGUGAAUUGUAUUUUUUGUGACAUUGCACUGCUGUUUGCGUAUCCAUUGUUUGCAUCCCCAUCACUGCUCACAGAGGUGAAAGUAUUUGUCAUUGCAUGUGUCAUUGUGUAACCUUUUACUUCGAUGUUUUACUAUACAUAAUCACUAUAUGUCAUGCUCUAGUUCCCCUAUUUUUGCCAUGUUCCAUUAAAAAAAUAACAAACUAAUGUGUUUUCUUAAAAUAUAAAAAUGUA